AUGCGUAGUAAGCACCCUGCAAGCGCGUCGUCUCCUCUCCCUAACGUCCAGGUUACCAACUAUGGGCGCAUCAACUCGCCCGUUGAUGACAUCCGGGUAGACAUGGCAAAAGAGAAGCGCCAACCGGCGGGGUCCGCCAACGCCGGCUCUGGCGCAAGUUGUUAUGAGGAAGAGGGCGGCAAAGACGCCGGCAAGGAAGAUCAUGGCGACGAGGACGAAGAGGACUGGCCGGAGAACGGCCACGACGACAGCGAAUCUGGUGUCGAGGUGUCUGCAGGAGGCAUCGACGAUGACGACUGGUGGAUGCAGCCGAUAGGCUCCGGCGAGGAUGUGGAGGAGUGGCGCGCCGGUGAUGAUGAAGACGACGGAGGCGCGGAUGCGGUUGCUGAUGCGGCGACGGAUGCGACGGUAGAUGCUCAGGCGGCGGCUACUGCGGAUGUGCCCACGGGAGCGAUGCGUGAUUCGGUUGCGGAUGCGGAUGCACCAGCGCACAAGGAUGCGGAGACGGAGGCGGAUGACAAAGCGGGAUCGGAUGCGGAGGCGGAUGCAGAUGCGGAUGCCGAAACCGGUGCAGAUACGGCUGCUGUUGUGGUGGCGGAGGCGGGUGAUGGCCGUGAUGCUGUCUUCUUCGAAGGCAAGGACGCCGUGGACGACCCUUGGUGCGUCUCGUCAGAUGACGACGUGCCUCUGUUGAAGAGGCGGCUGCGUCACCGCCCAGGCGUGUCCCAGAAAAAAACCCGGGUGGUGCUCUCGGACGAUGACAGCCCGGAUGAGGAGCAGCGACCUCGCGUCUCUGCUGCUGACAAGGGGAAGGCUAAGGUGGUGGAGGUUCCUGCUAAGGUUGCCCCGCGCCGCCAGAGCAAGAAGAAGCGGAAGGACAAUGGCGACCCGUGUUCAAGCAAAGGCGCGAAGAGGCAGAAGAAGAAGGACGAAAAGAACAAAGACGACAUCAUGGUCAACAAGGCGCAGGGCAGUGACGACGACUACGCGGCGGCUGCAGGCCCCAUGCCUUCAUUCCCUGAGAAGGCGAAGCCAAAAGACCCCACCAUCCGUAAUGCUAACUCCCACCCCCCUUCCCCACGCAGUCGCGGGAUUAAGAGGACCAGGCGGAGCUGGUCCCAUCGAGUGCAUCAGACGCUGGAGCGCGCAGGCUGCAGCGGGCAUGUAUAA